CCUGUAUGGUAUUGAGUAGGAGGCGCCCACGUGUAGGAGGUACCUGUCAUGAUUCACAUUUGAAAGGAGGACCUGGCCGAGAACUCGUAACCAAGUCACCUCAUGAACCCACCCAGGUACCUAAUCUGAUCAGCAUCCUUUGCAUAUUGUGUUUUCCUAGUACACCACAAUGCCUUCGUUGAAAACCCAGAGUUAUUCUAUGCCCUCCUUAGCAAUCCACUGUGUAGAGUAAUAUACGCAGCUGAGUUCUAUGGUCUUUUUUCUUUGCUAGGCAGGACUGCGAUUGCGACAAUCCGUCUUUUCUUCGUCUCGGACGAGGAACUGGCCGACCCGCCACUAUGGCCACGUUCCGCCGGUUUCGUCCAAAUGACCUGGAUCGAUUCUCUAAGUGCAAUCUCGACCCCCUGACCGAGACGUAUGACUUGAGGUUUUACCUCCAAUACUUUGCCAAAUGGCCCUCUCUAUUCCAGGUCGCCGAGGAUCCCAAUGGCAACAUCAUCGGCUACAUCAUGGGUAAGCUGGAAAGUUCGCCAGACUACUUCCAGUACUCAGAGCACUACCUGCCAUGGCACGCGCACAUCACCGCUCUCACCGUCGCCCCCGAAGCACGCCGACUAGGUAUCGGGAAAAUCCUUACUGAGAACCUCGAGUUUAGCGCCAGGGCCGCGGAUGCCUGGUUCGUCGACUUGUUUGUAAGGAAAAGUAACACGAGAGCCAUCACCUUUUACGAGAGCAUGGGCUAUAGCGUAUAUCGCGUGGUCAAGGAUUAUUACGGGGACAACGUCAAUGAUCCAACGGCCCAUGGCGAGGAUGCUUACGACAUGCGCAAGCCCAUGCCUCGGGAUAAGGCGCUGAGAUAUAUUAGGGAGGAUGGAAGAAACCACGAGGUUCUGCCCGAGAAUGUUUUUUGAAGGUAGAAUCUGCCGUACACGCUACAUUGCGCCAUCGACAGAGUAUACGCUACCACUCACAUACUUGCUAUCCGGGCCUAAGAGGAAGGCAAUGAUGUGUCCGCAUUCCUCAGCUGUCCCCUGUCUGCCAAAGGCAGCCGUGUCGUCAAAUGGGGCGUCGGAUGGCCGAUUGUGGAUUU